AUGAUUCGAGCGUUAUUUAUCUGUAUUCUCUUAGUUGCUAUAGCAUUUGUUCAUGCAAAAUUAACCUGUACAAAAUGUCCAUUCCACGCGGAACCAAAGGGUCACACUAAAUGCACGGAAACUUGUGAAGGAGAUGUUUGUUAUAUUGUUGUCAACAGGUUUUACAAUGGAACUAAAAUUGCUGGUUGCGUAGAUUUACAUGAAGGCGAAAAGUUUGAAACGCCUGCUGUGUGCUACAAGCAGGAACAUCAAACGUCUUGUGCAUGCACCACAAAGGACUUCUGUAAUAGCCCUACUUCUCCUAUCGCCGACUUUAAAUUUCAAGAAGAAAAGUUCCUUGAAGGUCAUCAGCUACAGCCGCUUAUAACAACUCACGAAAGUGAACAAGAGCAGGCAACGAUGCAGACCAUAUUACCUUCUGGUGACUCGGACGCCGCUGGAAUCAAGAGUAGCGACGAACAUUACGCCCCAACUCCGAAUGGUAUGCCACUGGAUGCAAUGUCGUCUACGACGAUGUCAACGACCACACAAUUCACGACUGUAAAAUCCGAGGACGUUGUGAAACCUAAUACCGUGGCCAAUGAUACGGUCGUCACUUGGCAGGUUGGAGUGCAGGUUGAAGAGGAUGAAUCAGGGAAACCAUCUACUGAAAGCGAGCAAACUGUUGUGACAGUUGCACCAGUGAACGCGGACGCUGCGCAAACGACAAUACUGAUAAGUGAAACAACAACAGUCACUACAGAAACGGAAACGACAGUGUCACCCAGCAAAUCCACGCCAUUCCACUUCUCGCUUUUCUCAGUAAUUGGAACUUCACUCUUAUUUCUUGUUGUAUACUGAGAUAUCACUUUGACAUAUUGAUUUUCGUGGUCAGUUCACAUUGCACAGAGAUUAUAUAAAUUUUUACAGAAAAAUUGAAAAUAAAGCUUAUACAUUUA